UUCCCUGUGCCACAUCUGACGGGCGCGUGCAUGUGGCUGAUGGGCACACUCCUGGCAUUGGUGCUGGCCCGCCUGUUGUGGGAGCUCCGCUGGAGGCUGACCCGGGAUCCCCACAACCCGCUGCCGCUCCCUCAGGGCUCAAUGGGGUGGCCACUGGUCGGGGAGACUCUGCACUGGCUGCUUCAGGGCUCCGACUUCCACACGUGUCGCAGGCGUCGCCACGGCAACGUGUUCAAGACGCACCUCCUGGGCAAACCCGUCAUCCGGGUGACGGGCGCUGAAAACAUUCGCAAGAUCCUGCUGGGCGAGCACACCCUGGUGCACACGCAGUGGCCGCAGAGCACGCGCAUCAUCCUGGGGCCCAACACGCUAGUCAACUCCGCUGGCGACGCCCACAAAGAGAAGCGGAAGGUGCUGGCCAAAGUCUUCAGCAGAGGAGCCCUGGAGUCGUACCUGCCGCGCCUGCGGGAGGUAGUGCGGCGUCAAGUGGCCCAGUGGUGCGCACAGCCCGACGCCGUAGACGUCUACGCCUCCGCCAAGUCGCUGACCUUCCGCAUCGCCGUGCGGGUCCUGCUGGGUCUGCGGCUGAAUGAGGAACGGGUGGUCUACCUGGGUACCAUCUUCGAGCAGCUGAUUGACAACCUCUUCUCGCUUCCCGUAGACGCGCCGCUCAGCGGCCUGCGCAAGGGGAUCAAAGCCCGGGAGAUUCUCCACGCCAACAUGGAAAAGAUCAUCGCCGAGAAGAUGGCGCAGCAGCACCAGGAACAUCUAGACGCCUUUGAUUACAUGUUGUCCAGCGCCAAGGAGUACGGCCAGAACCUCAGCAUCCAGGAGCUUAAGGAAACGGCAGUGGAGUUGAUCUUUGCGGCGCACUCCACCACCGCCAGCGCGUCAACGUCUCUGGUCCUGCAGCUCCUCCGUCACCCGGGCGUGGCGGCGCGUCUGAAGGCCGAGCUGGACUCGGAAGGCCUGACGAGCGCCGGCGACGGCGGCCAAAGUCCCCGGGAGCGCCUGGGACUGGAUGAGCUCGGCCGGCUUAGCUACUUGGACUGCGUGAUCAAAGAGGUUCUGCGCUUCCUGCCGCCCGUUUCAGGAGGCUACCGUACCGCUUUGCGGACCUUUGAAUUGGACGGCUACCAGGUCCCGAAAGGCUGGAGCGUCAUGUACAGCAUCAGGGACACGCACGAGACGGCCGCCGUCUUCCAAGCUCCGGAAGCCUUCGAUCCGGACCGCUUCGGGCCGGAACGGCGGGAGAACCGCUCGUCCCGCUUCAGCUACGUGCCCUUUGGCGGCGGAGCGCGCAGCUGCGUGGGCAAAGAACUGGCCCAGGUGAUCCUAAAGACUCUGGCCGUGGAACUGCUGGCCACGUGCACGUGGAGCCUGGCCACCCGGGACUUCCCCAAGAUGCAGGCGGUGCCCAUCGUUCACCCCGUCAAUGGACUGCACGUGCACUUUGUGCAAAAGCAGCCGCCGGGUUGAGGCCCGCCGACGUUCGGGCGUCAACUCUUGCCGACGAGCUUCCCUUCCGUACGGACGUCCCGGCCCGUGCCGCCUCAUCGACUCCGAUCCGGCGCGGGAGAAGCGCGAGUCGGCGAAUCCCGUGAUGCUCGCGCUCGGUUAGCGAAGAAUUCAGCCCCGCCUGAUGUCAAUAUACACUCACCAGCCACAUUAUUAGGUACACCAUGCUACUAUCGAGUUGGACCCCCUUUUGCCUUCAGAACUGCAUCAAUUAUUCGUGGCAUAGAUUCAACAAGGUGCUUGAAGCAUUCCUCAGAGAGUUUGGUCCAUAUUGACAUGAUGGCAUCACACAGUUGGUGCAGAUUUGUAGCCUGCACAUCCGUGAUGCGAAUCUCCCGUUCCACCACAUCCCAAAGAUGCUCUAUUGGAUUGAGAUCUGGUGACUGUGGAGGCCAUUUGAGUACAGUGAACUCAUGUUCAAGAAACCAGUCGGAGAUGAUUCCAGCUUUAUGACAUGGCGCAUUAUCCUGCUGAAAGUAGCCAUUAGAAGUUGGGUACGUUGUGGUCAUAAAGGGAUGGACGUGGUCAGCAACAAUACUCAGGUAGGCUGUGGCGUUCCAACGAUGCUCAAUUGGUACCAAGGGGCCUAAAGAGUGCCAAGAAAAUAUUCCCCACACCAUUACACCACCACCAGCAGCCUGAACCGUUGAUACAAGGCAGGAUGGAUCCAUGCUUUCAUGUUGUUGACGCCAAAUUCUGACCCUACCAUCCGAAUGUCGCAGCAGAAAUCGAGACUCAUCAGACCAGGCAACGUUUUUCCAAUCUUCUAUGGUCCAAAUUCGAUGAUCUUGUGCAAAUUGUAGCCUCAGUUUCCUGUUCUUAGCUGAAAGGAGUGGCACCCGGCGUGGUCUUCUGCUGCUGUAGCCCAUCUGCCUCAAAGUUUGACGUACUGUGCGUACCUUGGUUGUAACCGGUGUUUAUUUGAGUCACUGUUGCCUUUCUAUCAGCUCAAACCAGUCUGGCCAUUCUCCUCUGACCAUUUCCGCCCACAGAACUGCUGCUCACUGGAUAUUUUCUCUUUUUCGGACCAUUCUCUGUAAACCCUAGAGAUGGUUGGGCGUGAAAAUCCCAGUAGAUCAGCAGUUUCUGAAAUACUCAGACCAGCCCUUCUGGCACCAACAACCAUGCCACGUUCAAAGUCACUCAAAUCACCUUUCUUCCCUAUACUGAUGCUCGGUUUGAACUGCAGUAGAUUGUCUUAAACCAUGUCUACAUGCCUAAAUGCACCGAGUUGCCGCCAUGUGAUUGGCUGAUUAGAAAUUAAGUGUUAACGAGCAGUUGGACAGGUGUACCUAAGAAAGUGGCCGGUGAGUGUACAUUUUCAUUUGCUAGAAACUGACAGCUGAUGUUGACAUCAGAACUCAUUCACACCUGAUGUCAAACCACUAUUUAAAACUGUGCAGAAUGGAAAAAAACAAGGAAUAAAAUUGACUGCACCGUAAACAGAAGCUUAACAAGCUCAAAAACUCUAACCUAAUGGCAGAUGUCAAGCAACUAUCACGUGCAUACCACUACCUUCUGUACAAGAAUGUGGUGGUUUUCAUUGGUUAGUAUCUUGUUGAUGAUUUCAUUACACCAAGCGUUUUACCUAUUACAGAUUCAGUCUUCCCAGCCUGGUGCAGGUCUACAAUUUUGUCUAUGGUGUCCUUCGACAGCUCUUUGGUCUUGACCAUAGUGGAGUUUGGCGUGUGACUGACUGAGAUUGUGGACAGGUGCCUUUUAUACCGAUAAUACCAUUAUUACAGGUAACGAGUGGAGCCUCGUUAGACCUUGUUAGAAGAAGUUAGACCUCUUUGACAGCCAGAAAUCUUGCUUGUUUGGAGGUGACCAAAUACUUAUUUUCCACUCUAAUUUGGAAAUAAAUUCUAAAUUAAAUUCUGUCUCUCAUGGUUUGAGGUUUACCCAUGUUGACAAUUACAGGUCUCUCCAAUCUUUUCAAGUAGGAGAACUUGCACAAUUGGUGGUUGACUAAAUACUUAUUUGCCCCACUGUAUAUUCAUUCCCAUCUGAACUUGAACUCAACACGGAUUCCCACCUGAUGUCAAUACAGUUUAACGUGAUCUUGGCACAUUGACGCCAGGUUUCGAAUCCAAAAGCAUUCACACCACUUUUACAAAGUGAACUUACACACGUGAUCUGAUCUCAACGCAGCUAUCAAACCGGCGGUGCGGUGGCAUUCGGUCAGCUAACAAAGGGGGCGGAGGAGGAUUUGGUUACAGAGUGAAGACUUCAGUCUGGCAUGCGCCGGGCGUGGCCUUCGGGUGUCGGGG